AUGAGCACACUUACCAAUUCCCCUGUAUAUAAACAACUCUUCCGCCCACUCAGCAGUAAUUGGAUGCUUAGCUCCUGUGUUGCCACGGGUUGCGGGAGUGCACUCACGUACUGGUGGUAUACCCGCAAGACGAAGGCUGUGUUGAAACAGACACAGGAGAACUGCCAAGCCAUUGCUGAGCGUGCGUUUGUGGAGAGCCGACAGUUGCUGAAGAGUCUUGAGGAUGACUGGGCGCGGGAUAUGAAAUCACGAGACACUUCUGUACGCCGGCUUGAAUUGCAAAAUGUUGAACAAACUCGCAGUAUUGCACGGUUGGAUGCGGCGAUGAAGUUGUGCAUUGCGCCAGGGCCCCAGGUACCAGAGUAA